AUGGUGCAGACGGGAGACCCGACGGGAACCGGCAAAGGAGGGCAGAGCAUCUGGGGUCAGCCGUUCCCGGAUGAGGUCCGAUCAACGUUGAAGUUCAAUGCCAGGGGAAUAGUUGCCAUGGCCAAUGCCGGACCGGAUACGAACAAGUCACAGUUCUUCAUCACGUACGCGAAGCAGUCGAGUCUGGACGGCAAGUACACAAUCUUCGGCAAGGUCAUCGACGGCGCGGACUCGACGCUGGACGCGAUUGAGAAGGUGCCAGUGAACGCGAAGAACCGGCCACUGGAGGAGAUCCGGUUGGAGAGCGUCACGAUUCACGCGAACCCGAUUGCGGAGGCUCAGAAGUAG